GCAAAACAGAAGAAAGACCUUGAAAGCCAGCUUGAAAAGGCAAAAGCUGAAAGCACAGAGUCACACGUGAACUCAAAAAACUGUGAAGAACAGAUGAAGAAAACCUUGAGCUUAUUCGAAGAACGUAUCUCAAUCUGGAAGCAGCGAGAGAGUCUACUAGAGUCACAACUUUCGGAAAUCAAGAAUAUCACGGAGCAGAGUCAGCAAAAAAAGAUCAACGAGUUGACCCAAAAAAUAAAGUUUCAGGGGAAAAAAAUUGAAUCCCUUGAAAGCAAGCUCGCAGAUCAAAAAGACAUUUCAUCUGGGUUAGAGGCUCGGCUGAAACAGAGCCAGGACGAGCACAGAGCCUUUCAUCGAGAUAUUGGAGUUGAAAAGAUGGAUUUUGAUUAUUUUGAAGGCUUUAGGUCUCUGGAAAAUGCUCUUAGAAGCUUGGCUGAAAAGUUCUUCAUGGAAUCUCCGUUGGCCUUGGAUGAAGGGAGCUCCGCAAUAAGUGACUGGCGUGUAAGGCAAACCGAGGUAAUACAAAAUUGCGCACAUUCAUUGCCAUCGCUGGCAUCUGCAACAUACUCCCAUAGCCUGUCAGUAGAGUCGACGAUCGCAGCUCGACUCUGUCAAGACAUAUUUACGCCACUUUGUCUAGCAUCACCAACAAGCCGCAUGAGUAUGGGAGCAUCAAUCGAGAGAGCUGAUACUGUUGAACCCGCUCAAAAGGCCAUCCUUCGCACGCUCCUUUUGAAGGCUUUUGGUCAGGAAGAAGAAGAUGCACGGAGACAUAUCAUCAAGACAUUUGUCUCUGAUAUCACAGAGGAGUUCUUACCAAAUUCUCAAGAACAGGACGUAGAAGAUUUCCGAAAGGAACUUCGUUCACUGCUCACAUCAGCAACAUCUCUGUGGAGUGAAUUGCAGAGAGGUCCAUGUUGGAUUACAGCAACUUCCCGGACAUCUGUUCAUACGGAAAGCUGGAGGCCCAGGCAGUACGCUGGGGGCCCCGCCAAAGCACAAAGCCCAAGCCACCCACUCGUGGCUCUAUUCCCCCACAUAAUCAGUCACGGUGCUGAAGCUCCUUUAUAUGCUGGAUCUGCACUGUGGACCGAAAACUUGCGGCAUGCAACGAUUGCAGCGCAACAGCCGAUUAAGCGUAUCAGCCUACCAGAAGACUCGUCUAACAAUGUCGAAUCUUCAGACGGACGGGUCGUUCCUUGGGCUGAAAAAUCGACAAAUGGAGGGUUAGGGGAUAAUAGCUCCCAUGGCAACUGCGUGAAGGUAAAUCCAUUGGAUGGGCACCACUACGGGAAAAAGCGUGUCAAUGGCAAGUCGCCAUCUCGGUAAUUUCAGAGGGUCUUAG